UGGCAAAACAAACCCGACGCCUAGCCUUCUUUGCCUCUGAUCAUAUUACAGCCAUUUCAUAUUUCAUUCUCUUCAUUUUAAAAAGUACCAUAUAUCAAUCAAAGCUGGAAUGUGGACGUAUAUUGCAGCGUUAGCGAUGCUCUUGUUGAACUGUUAUAGCAAGAAUGGCUAACUCCUUAUAAAAAUCUCCCGUAAUGUUUCUUUAAUGAUUCCCGCAGAAUAUGUAAUGCGACUAGUUUCAAUAUCGACUGUCAUUUUAACAAACAUUGUUUAGUUAGGAGGCAAUUCAAACGUUUGUAAGAAAUAAAUAAUUGUAAUUGUCUCCAGUUCAUUUGAAUAUUUCAAGGACUCCUCCUGGUGAAGAUAUGUUUAAUACAGACAACUUGGGUAGGCUCCGUGCGUGGUCUCGUAGUUAUAAAAUAUGCAAAUGCAAGAAGGGACCUGAUGGCCAUGUCAUAAAAGAAAUCGAUUGUUCAUCAUACAACGAACCAGUUAUUUGUAAUGAGGAUGAAGAAUUCAGAAAAGUUCACAAGAAACGCUGCAUUUCACCAGUCCGCAAGAAGAGAUCGAUACCCACAAUAAGAUACCACCCGGAGAAUCAUAGACGAAUUAAAAGGGAUAUAAGUUGGAAAAAUGGGUGGACCAAUGAGUCUGCUGCGAAAUAUUGUGAGAAUAUCUUUAAAUCUUCAAAUUUGGUUAAUCGGUGUAAAGAGGUACCUGGCGUUGAUGUUUCAUCUCCAAUGGCAAGUUGCGUUACUGAUAUUCAGCUAAGUGGAACAACAGAUUUUUCGUUGGCUGCUGUAAACGCUAUACGAAGUCAGUGUUUACGUGAGGCUAGUAUGAAUGUUACUCUUCGGCAGGAAACUAGUCCAGAUAAACCUUCUGUGUUAAAACUAGUUAAAGCUGUAGCUUGUCCUGCAGAGUGUUCAGAAAGAGGUGACUGUGUUAAUGGUACAUGUGAUUGUAAUGAUGGUUAUUCGGGACCAGAUUGUUCUGUUGAUCUAAAUCAACCACCUCUGGCCGAUAGUCUGGAAGCGAACGGGUAUUGUAAUCGCACUGAUAGCAAUUGUGACGAGAUUGCAGUAUUUGGUGGACCUUUUAUAGAAUCUGACAAAUUCAAAUGCCGACUGCUGACCCUCGAGUCAAACGCAGAAGUAGACAUCACAAAUGCUCCAGUUGUUGAAAGUAUUGGUGAAGUCACGUGUCCACUACCUGUUAAUAGACAAAAACGAUCAACAGGUGUUCCCGUUGUAGACACAACAGUACCAAGCUACAGGGUAGCUGUGUCCAAUGAUGGACAACUCUUCAGUCGACAGUUAACAGUGGUUAUCAUGAAUUCCAAUUGCAUGGACUGUACGAUUGGUGCCGAGACCGUGACAUGUAGAAUGUUUGACGAUUAUUGUUAUACGGAGGAACGAUGUUAUAAAACUGGUGAAAGGUAUAUAUAUAAUGAUGACUAUCAAUGUACCUACGGACAGUGGCAAAUCAUAACUACUACAAGUUCUGAUGGUAGCACUUCAAGUUCUAAUGGUGACCCUACAAGUUCCUAUGGUGGCCCUACAAGUUCCAGUGGAGACCCUACAAGUUCCAGUCGUGGCACUACAAGUUCCAGUGGUGGUACUACAAGUUCUGAUAGUGGCACUACAAGUUUCAAUGGUGGCACUAUAAUGUAUAAUGGUGGUAAUUCAAGUUCCUAUGGUGACCUUACAAGUUCCUAUGGUGACCCUACAAGCUCUAAUGGUGGCACUACAAUAUUUAAUGCCGGUACUACAAGUUCCUAUGGUGACCCUACAAGUUCCAGUGGAGACCCUACAGGUUCCAGUGGUGGCAACACUGCAGGGUCUAAUGGUGAAAAGAAAAGCCUUGAUGGUAGCACAAAUUCUAGUUCUACUACACAACUCUAUUCAAUGAUGAUAUUACUUUGUUCAGUAGCCUUCUUGUUUUAACCUUUAAUAUCACUGGCCAAACGAAAGAAACUUCACGAUUUGAAUUAUAUUGUUUUUACAUGGAAACACAGAUGAAAAAAGGUCUAAUUAACGUGAUAUUUACCUAUUGCAUAAGUCUACGUAUCGAGAUUCAAAGCUGUAUAGGGUCGAACUUUGACCGAACGGUCUAUUAAACUUUUGAAAAUAUAAUCAUCAUUUACACGUCUGUCUACUUGAUAUUCCUAAUGUAAUUAAAAUUUUAGACAUAAUUUGUCUUCUCACCUAGCUGGACAUCCUCAAGCAGGCAUCAAAUUAAUGAGGGUUUUUUUUCAUAUGCAGAAUACAUAUCGAUACGUAUUUCACCUUUCAAAUAUUUUUCAACUUAUUUGUUCAUUUCAAAUAUGUUAUUAACUUUGCGUGUACUUUACCUUUAAAAUAACAAGUAUUUAAUAACAUCGUUUAUAACCUUCUUGUGUAUUUCACCUUCAAAAUACCAAAUAUUUUACAACUUUCCAGUGUAUAAAUAACAGAUAUUUUAUAACUUUCCUGUGUGUUUAAUAUUGUUCUUGUUUAUUUCACCU